GUAAGUCGGCCAUCGUUGUUGUCAUUAUCAUCGCGACCGUUCAAUACACACGUGCCCAGUGACAGCUGAAUCUGGAGAAUAGACGCGGAUUUAGCCACAUGGAUAUACUAGUGGAACACUAACUGACAGUUUUGAGUGAGAAUGGCGGAGUUGUACCCCUCCUGGACGUGGGUCCCCAACCGGAGUUGGAGCAGCCAGACUACCAGCAGAUGAGGGACGAUAGGAUGGGCCGCAACAGACAGGCUAUGCAAGCUCUGGACCCAGGAGUGUUGAAGGAAAUACUGCCCAAGAACUGUGAGCUGAGUCAAGUAGAGAAGGCGAUUUUGUGUAUACAGAGAUAUUUCCGUGGAUACAAGGGGAGACAACUCUACAGAGAUCUCCUGUUUGAAAGAUUUGAAGAGGAGGAGAGGAUGAGACAAGAGAAGACAAUGCAGCAAGUGGAAGAAGGACAACUCUUGGUGGACAAUCACAAGCUUGAGGUGCUGUUGGAUGACGACAGGACCACGCGGCGGAACCGUGACCGACACUAUCUCAGCCAAGUCAUCACAAUACAGCGUGCAUGGAAGGGACAUUUACGUAAUAAGCAUGAAAACAAGAAGAAGUUAGAUCGUAGCUUGCCGGAAGAAGAUGUGACAUCUAGUUCCGAGUCUGACGAAGAUGAAUAUAGCGAGACCGAGAGCGCCAUCUGUGGGCAAGUGAUGACGCUGUCGACACCCGAAGAAAACCAGCAUCAGGAAGAUAAUGAAAGGGAGGCUACUCUCACUGUUGGCAGUUUCUUGGGAAAAAAAUCACCAGUGAGACAACUGCGCGAUAUUGAGUGCGAGUCUGUUUUGUCGGAUGUAUCAGAAAUUGCAGGUCCAUUGAAGGAUAUUGAAAGCGAGGUUCAGAUUAUUGAGCGAGAGGAAUUGCAGCGGGGUAAUUUCUCAUUUCUACCCGGCCAUAACCAGAAGGAAAUUGAUCGUUUACCUGGUGAAACCGAUUCCGAUUACUGCAAACGAGCUCGCAAAAUAAAUAUUUUGAGUCUUGCUCAAGAAUUUGCCGAACUGAAAAAGAUUAAUGCCGAUGCGUUGCCAUUCGACCUUCACAAGGGGAGAGAAUUUGUGAAAGAAAGUAGUCCUGAGAGUGAUGCAAGCUCAGGUAUUGGGGCAGAGGAAUCUCUGACCGAAUCAGCCAUGACAAGUCCAGCUGAUGCGAAACGGGAUUUAAUAGAUGGGGAGGGUGGUAAGAGUGGAUUGACAGUGAAAUCACGGAAGCAUCGUGUGAAAGACAGUGGUAGUAAUCACAGGGUGAAAGGUGGAAGGUCGAAGAGAGAUAGUUCCCCAUCUGUUGGUAGUGAUAUGGAGAAGAGUGGGGACUUUGACGUGUACAACAUGGAGUCGACGUUGCCGCAGAUGGACUGGGAGACGUUGGAGCAGCAACUGCAGCUCGCGGCACAAGAGGAGAAGAAUCGGUCACAGACCCGCCUCAGUGAUCGCGAAGAAAUCCGUCGGAAGUUGGCAAUGGGCACAGAUGAAGAAUACUAUUAUAAUGAAAGGACUUUCAAAAAGCCAAACUUACAAACCCGGUUACAGAGUGGUAUGAACUUACAGAUAUGUUUCAUGAAUGAGGCAGUAGGGGAGCAACAAGAUUCAGGGGAGGCAACUGUGGAGAAGAGCAGUAGCAUACCACAAGUGAAAAAUGCACAAGAGCCAAAACCGGUCACCAGUGGUUGUCAGUCUCUGGAGCCUGGCUCCAAGUCCGGCUCCAAGUCCAAGUCUAAGUCAAGCUCCAAGUCCAGUCAUCAGCUUCCCUCCAUACUCGUGGAAGAUGAUGAAGACUUCUUUAAGAAACAGGCUCGACUCCAGGAUGAAGCCAAACUGGCACUAGCCCAGGCUUGUACAAUGGCCCACAUGCAACUUGAAGUGGAAAAACAGCUUAAAAAGAAAUCUCCUAUAGCAGAUAUGUCAAACCAACUGUCAAUACACUCGAUGUCACUCUCUGGCCAAACGGACCGCAUCGGCGAUGCCAGGUUUGAUGAAUGCGCAUCUUUAAGGGGAUUGUUUACACAAACAUCCUGGGGCUCUCUGGGGGUCUCAAACCUUGAAAUGUUAGUACCUCGAAAAUUUCCCGGUAUACGGUAUACUAUUUAUACCCAGAUAGAGGGUCUGAACGAGGAGUUGGUUCAGAUGUUGAUGGAGCGGGACGACCUGCACAUGGAGCAGGACUCCAUGUUGGUGGACAUAGAGGACCUCAGCAGUUUCAAGUGUUGGCUUAUAGGAGCAUUUGGAAAGUCAUCCACACGAGCGAAAGAGGUAGCACAACAGGCCACAAACAACAACUCGCCAAGCUCCAGUAACCAUAACCGACCCCGGAAAAAAUGAAGAUUACUUGUGCCUUGUUCAAGGCCCGCUGUGUUUUAGUUUCUCAGUUUGAAGACAGUUUAUACAAGACGGAUGUGGCAAAUAUCUGAGACAUUGUGUGAAAGACAGGACUGUGGGAAGAAGUGAAGUGUUAUAAAGUGUCAUACUAAAGGAGGUUUGAAAGCUACUGUGCUGUUGUUGAACAAAUGUGAAAGUAUCAUAUUGUAACAGAUGUGAAAGGGUUAACACGUUAUGUUGUAACAGAUGUUGCAAUUUUUACUGCAGUAUGUUGUAACAGAUGGGCAAGUUUUACAGCAGUGUUAUAAUGUUACUAUGUUACAGCAGCAUGUUGUUACAAGGUUACAAGAACAUGUUGUAACAUAUGUUACAGUGUAUAUUGUAACAUAUGGUACAAUGUUACAGUGUGUGUUGUAACAGAUGGUACAAUGUUACAGCAGUAAAACAUGUUACAGUGUGUGUUGUAACAGAUGGUACAAUGUUACAGCAGAACACAUGUUACAAACAUGUUACAGUGUGUGUUACAGUGUGUGUAACAGAUGCUCAG